AUCCUUAGGCCGAUUGGGCGCCGGAAGUAAUUUUCCUCCUACUUCCUGUCAACCGAAGUAUCCAAAUGCAAUGCUCUAACACCUGUACGUUUGUGUGUUCUUGUGGCAGUAUUAUGGAUUUUGACUUUCACACCAAUUGAAUUUCAUUUUAUAUUCUGAAAGCUAUUCUGUUAAAUCACGGGAAGAAUGUCUAAUGAUUUUCAAACACGAAUAGCCUCUGUUAUAGAAUUACUGGCAAAAGCGGCCUUAGAAGAAAUGAGGAAAGUUGUCGACCUGGACUCUGUUGUCUUAGGGUUUGAAAUAUCACAGGAUCAAAAUGAUGAUUCAGUACCGAAGAAACUGCUGUUUAUGACACAGAUUUCUACCAUUAUGGAUGCCCUGGCUAAGGAUGCAGUGAACAAAAUCUGUAAACUUGCCAUUGAAGAAUUGGCGGUUUUACGUUUGGAAGUGUCUCGGAGUCGGAAUGAGAUCGGAGCUCUCAAGAGAGAAUUGGAGCUGAUGGCGAAGGAGCUGAGGAUUGUGCAGGGAGGUGCAGCAGGAGAAAGACCCUUAAAAACCCACUCUGUUGGAGUGCAGGUUGCCUGGGAAUUAAGAGCAACAGAAACAGAGGAGUCAUCUUCUCACAGGGUUGGGCUGUGGGGGGACUCGGGGCUCACGGACACUGAAGAGGACGUUAAUCCGUUGCAGUGUGUGGUCAUGAUGGUAGAGUCUGAGGAUUUGCAAGAGGAUGGACUUGAAUCGAUUGUCAUCAAGGAGGAAAUACUGGAAGAGGACCUGGAUAACGGCGAUGUACAGGAGGGCAUGAGGAUCAGCGGAGAGGGACCUGUGAAGUUUGGCGCUUACGCUGGGGAAAACCCCCCCAUUGUGCAUGGGGUCCCAGCGGAGGAAACCGGCACGCAUACGGAAGACCAGGAAGGGCAGGAUGUUGCCGUUGAGUCAAGCGCAGACGUUCCUGUCAAAGACGAGUGCCCUGCGAGCAGAAAGCAUUUCAGGAAGACAAAGAACCUGAAGGCCGGCGGGGCAGCUGGCGAAGGCGAGAGAAGGCCGGGCCAUUCAAACGAGGGGAAGCACAGCAGACAGAAAUGCGCUCCUAGAGCGAAACGAGUCCUCAACUCGGCAGAGAAGCCGUUUGGGUGCGGACAUUGCGGGAAGAGGUUUGCGGUGAAGCGCAGGCUGGAGAUGCACGAGCGAGUUCACACUGGGGAGAAACCGCACAAGGUCGCUCAGAAGGAGGAGAAGGUGUUCAGCUGCACAGAGUGCGGAAAGACCUUCAGUCAGAAGUAUAGCCUUAAAACACACCAGAUUGUCCAUGCGGCGGAGAAACCGUUCAAUUGCACACGCUGCGGAAAGGGCUUCACUGUAAAACGCAGCCUGUUGGUGCACCAGCGUAUUCACACCGGCGAGAAACCGUACAGCUGUGUUACGUGCGGAAAGAGUUUCCGUCAAGCUAGUUACCUUACAGUGCACCGCAGGGUUCACACAGGAGAAAAGCCGUACCCUUGCAACAAAUGCGAGAAGAGCUUCAGCAGUGCAAACAGUCUUAAAACACACCAGGUAGUUCAUACAGGAGAAAAAGCCUUCAGCUGCGAUAUAUGUGGGAGGAGCUUCAGCGUUGCAGUUAACCUUAAUCGGCAUCUACGAGUGCACACGGGAGAGAAACCGUUUAGCUGUGACAUAUGUGGGAGGUGUUUCACUCAAGCUAAUAGUCUGAAAGACCAUAAGCAAAUUCACACUGGACAGAGAAGGUUUAGAAAGGAGAAACCAUUCAGUUGUGCUACAUGUGGGAGAAGGUUCACUCAUCAGGUCACACUACAGAAACACGAGGAAACUCACACUGGGGAGCAAAACACACAGAAUCCUUGCACUUGUGAAUUUUGUGGAAAGACCUUCAGGUAUGCACAUUACCUUAAAAUACAUGAGCGAGUUCACACAGGAGAGAAACCAUACAGCUGUGUGAAGUGUGGCAGGUGUUUUAGCCAGGUAAGUGCACUUCUAUCACACCAAAAAAUUCACACAGGAGAGAAACCAUUCACCUGUGACAUAUGUGGGAAAAAUUUCAGUUUUCAAAACAGUCUUAAGUCACAUCAAAGAACUCACACGGGAGAGAAGCCUUUUAACUGUGCCACAUGUGGGAAGACUUUCAGUUUUGUGGGUAAUCUUAAGAGACAUCAGCGUGUUCACACUGGAGAGAAACCAUUUAGCUGUCAUAUUUGUGGGAAAAGUUUCAGCCAAGCUAAUAAUGUGAAAGCUCACCAGCAAAUCCACACAGGAGAGAAACCAUUUAUGUGUGAUAAAUGUGGGAAGAGUUUUGCAUAUGUAAGAAAUCUUAGGGAACACAAAUGUGUUUACACCUUAAUGUCUCUGAGAAUGUCGAAUACCUUUCAAACACAAAUAGCCUCCAUAAUGGAAGUUAUGGCCACAGCAGUCCUUACAGAAAUUAGUAAAGUUGUUGAUAGGUCGGCAACUUUGUGUUUCGAAAUGUCUCACUCCUGCGACAAUAAAGCGUCUAAAGUUAAAUUUCCGGCGGUGGGAAGCGAAACGAUGAUGACACAACUUGCCUCUGUCAUAGAGAUACUGGCUCAAGAGGCGGUGAAUAAAAUCUGUGAACUUGCCAUUGAAGAACUGGCGGUUUUACGGUUGGAAGUGUCUCGGAGUCGGAAUGAGAUCGGAACUCUCAAGAGGAAAUUGGAGCUGAUGGAGAAGGAGCUGAGGACUGUGGUGGGGGGUGCAGCAGGAGAGAGACCCUUAAAAACUCACUCUGUUGGAGUGCAGGGUGCCUGUGAAUUAAGAGCAACAGAAACAGAGGAGCCAGAUUCUGCUGUCAUCAGUGUGUGGGGUGAUGCAGUCCCUGCAGUUGUGGAAGAGGAAGUUGCUCCAUUGCAGUGUGUUGGUGUGAUAGCAGAGCCUUCGAACGUUGACGACAGGAUUGAGUCAAUAAUUAUCAAGGAGGAAGGGCCUGAAGAGGAUUUGCAGAGCAGUCCUCUGGAGGAGAAACUGGACACCAGUAAAGAUGGACCAACAGUUGUUACCAGUGUUGCUGCAGGGACACCUGCUGUUGCACAUCAGAACUGUGUGGAGGAAGUCAGCUUGCCUACUGAAGGUACUGAAGGACAGCCCAUGCCAGCAGGGCCAGAUAAGAAUGGGAAUCCGCUCGGCGGUAAGCAUUUCAAGAAAGAAAACAACACAAAGAGCUGCAGAAGAGGUGCCAGGAAAGGAGAAAAACCUUUCAGUUGCAUGCACUGUAGGAAGAGCUUUGCUAAACUGCUGCAUCUCAGAGCACACCAGAUUGUUCACGCUGUUGAGAGACCGUACAGCUGCACAGAGUGUGGGAAGGGCUUCACAGUGCAGCGCAGUCUGAAAAUGCACAUGCUCGUUCACACAGGGGAGAAACCAUACGGCUGUGCUGAGUGCGGUGCGAGCUUCCCCCAGAAAUGUUUGCUGAAAAAACACAAGCUGGUUCAUACGGGAGAGAAACCCUUUUGCUGUGACGUAUGUGGCAAGACUUUCAACCGUGCGUACGGUCUGAAAAUGCACCAGAUAGUCCACACUGGCGAAAAGGCCUUCAGCUGCGAGGUUUGCGGGAAGAGUUUCACUAUUGCGAGCAACCUUCACAGGCAUCAGCGAAUUCACACAGGAGAGAAGCCAUUUUGCUGCACUGUGUGCGGGAAGAGUUUCAAUCAAGCCAACACUCUUAAGGCCCACAAGCUAAUUCACACCGGGGAGAAACCCUACGUCUGCGCCACGUGCGGGAAGAGCUUCAAUCAGAAAAGCAGAGUUAUAAAACACCAACAGGUGCACGCGGGAGUCAAGGCGCACGUGUGCGUCGUUUGUGGGAAGGGCUUCAGCGCCGCGAUUUCCCUCGCAUCGCACCAGCUGAGCCACGCCGGAGAGAGCCCCUGCAGGUGCGUCGUUUGUGGGGAGGCGAUGACUUCGCUCAAGAAUCACCAGCAGUGCCUCGCUGCGCUGAACGCCUUCGUCUGUGUCAUUUGUGGGAAAAGCUUCAGUGCUUCGGGCUCUCUCAAAGUUCACGAGAAGACCCACUCGGGGGAGAAGCGGUUCAGCUGCCCGUCGUGCGGGAAAACGUUCACUCAGCAGAGCAGCCUCAAAACGCACCAGAACAUUCACUCGGGAGAAAAGCCCUUCUGCUGUGGCACGUGCGGGAAGAGUUUCCGAAUUUUGGGCAACCUUCAUAGACACCAAAGAAUACACACCGGAGAGAAGCCGUACCGCUGCUUUCUGUGCGGGAAGAGUUUCAAUCAAGGGAACAGCCUUAAGGCCCACGAACGAAUUCACACAGGAGAGAAACCGUACAUGUGCGAUAAAUGUGGGAAAAGUUUCGCUCAUCUGAGGAAUCUGAAAGGUCACAAGUGUGUGUUUAGUUGAAGAAGCUCCUGUCUUAUUACCUGUAGUGUUGGAGUGUUUUCUAGUCCACAGUAAUAAUCCCAUCUAAAACCAGUAAAUUCACACAAGGCCAUUCCAGGUUGCAUAAGUUCUUGGACAGUUAUGUUGUGUUGUUGUAUGUAAGGUGACAUCAAUCAGUAAUCAUUUGAAAAGAGGUCUACUGAUUCCACACACAUUGACUGAAAGAGUAUGAAUGGUGCAGCGUGUAUACUGGUAUAUACUAUGUAGGUACCAGGCAGGAAUUUAAGGGAACUUUGGCUCGAAUGUGCAUCACUGAUAAGUAAGUAAGGGCCCGAGAUUUCAAGGAACCUGGAAAAAAUGAACCACGAAUGGAAGGAAAUCAAUCUGUACUACAGUACGCAGCCCUCAGCUGGGUGGAGGGGUGUGGUCAGUUAACAUUUCAGAUUAAUUUUCUCGCCAUUAGCUGUCAGAUAUAUAACAGCAGCAAAAUGCACUGUGAGAAAUUUUCUUUGUCAAACAUUGACAAUACAUCCAAGAUCAUAUUAAAUAUGCUAAACAUUUUGCUUGCUCACAUGCGUAAGCAUGCCUGGCAAAUGUUGAAUGUCCCAAAUAUUAGUUAAAUCGAUAAUAAUAUAUAAAUAUCUGAAGUAUAUUAGUGAAGACCAAUUAAUUGGUUGUUUUUUCCUGCUAUACAAAACUUGGCAGUUUAUAGGAAACCAUUGAAAUGCUAUAGAGUGCCUGCUUCAUCAUCUGCAGCAGUUUCACCAUCCGGUUGCAAAGGUCACCUAUUGUAGAGUGCAGGCAUGUUCCUGUCUGGACUUCACUUGGUACGAAAUUUGAUUGCAGCUCCACCUGCCCAGGACAGAGAUAGAAUUCAAGUGCCACCAGAUUAAGGUUUCACCUCAGCUCCUGUAUGUGCCCUGAGUGCAGGCAUUCGAUUUCCGAGGCUAUGUGUUAAAGUGCAUUUUAAGGCAAAAAUGAAAUAUUGCCCUCCAUCUAUGUAUUGGACUCCUGUAGUCCUGAACUGACUGUAAUAUAACGAUUACAAUUCAUUUAUUUUUAUUAUGUAUAACAUUAAGAGAAUAAACACUUUAAUAUGUUUUGACUAUGCAA